CGAGGAUUCUGCUACACACCAUUAGUGGGACGGACGGCGGCAUGAUUGAUCGCUGACAUUACCAAAAAUACGAUGGGAAAACGCCGAGAGGUGGCCACCAAAGUUGGCCAGACUGGACCACCCCCCCUGGAGCCAGACAAGGAGUAUGUGAACCCAGGCCGAGAGGACCAAAUGGAAAUCAGUGGAUAUCAGCGCAGUAGGGUAAGAACAGUGCUGGCCUGGCUGGGAUAUCUAUUCACUGCGGGACUGCUGCGCCUGGUCUUCCACUGGAGACCUGAUUGGAUGCUGAAAGUGACACAUACAUCUUGUCGCCUUGGCAACGCUGGAGCCGUCAUGUUAAAGGAUCAGUACAAACAGAUCUUUGUGGAGAAAGUGAAGACGAUUACCAAAGAUGGCACCAGUGUGAAGAUAGUCCCGAGGAGAGAUGGAAGAGAAAGCCACCUCUUAAUGCCUGGACUGAAGCACUGUGAAUGUGAAUGA